ACUACUGCUCUGCUUUAAACCCCCUACACUUGCACCAAAAAAAACAGAGUUGAAAAAAUAAAAACAGAGCAGAUCAAUGGAUUCUUUCCUGUUUGAGUCCCCAAAUUCCAUUUCCUCAUCGGAAUCAUCAUUCGGGUCGCCGGAAUUUUCUUCGUUCAACCACAACUCUCUUCCUUUCAACGAAAACGACUCCGAGGAGAUGCUUUUAUAUGGCCUACUCACCGAGGUCAAAACGGAAACAUCAAGCUCAACGGAAAAGGGUAGUCCGACGAAAGAAAAGUGUUACCGAGGAGUAAGAAGGCGGCCGUGGGGAAAGUUCGCGGCGGAGAUAAGGGACUCAACCAGACAUGGGACAAGGGUAUGGCUUGGAACAUUUGAGAGUGCAGAGGCAGCAGCUCUGGCUUAUGAUCAAGCCGCUUUUGCUAUGAGAGGCAGCGCCGCCAUACUCAACUUUCCGGUGGAAAGAGUGAGGGAGUCACUGGAGGAAAUGAAGUGUAACCAAGAAGAAGGGUGUUCGCCGGUGGUGGCUUUAAAGAGGACACAUUCUAUGAGAAGGAAAAUGACCAGUAGAAGUAAGAAGGAAAGAGAUGCGAGGAUAAACAAUGCGAUGGUGAUUGAGGAUUUAGGUGCAGAUUACUUGGAACAACUUUUGACUCAAACUGCUUCACCUUACUAAUUCACACCAACAUAUACUAUUGUUCAUCUCUAUUUAUUCUUAAUAUUUUGGUAUGCAAAAGUAUAUUUUAGAUUUUAUAUGAAAAGACAAAAUUAAUCUCAAAAUAAAAUUAUAGCAAAAGGUUUUUGGUAAA